AUGGCAGCUGUCGGCUGCAUAUCUGCCGCAGCUGGAGUGGUGGUGGCCAAGCUCUGGACCGAGAGCGAAGCAAAUGAGAUAGACCAGCGGUUAGAGGAAGUCAAGCGACAGGCGCUGGAAAGGAGUCCGGCAGGAAUAGAUCCGGUAGUAGCUGUGCGCCAUCUGCUGGAAACGUUGGACUGGAGUUUGGCAAACGCCGGACGGCAUCGCCUGCAAAGUGCAAGCGACAUUGUCAGGGAGUGCCUGAAUUCACCAUUGCGAGAAGAGGCAGAGACACAAGCUCUCGGUGACUCGCAACACGAAGAACUGGGACGCCAUCUACGUAAAGUGCGACAAUUGUGCUCUGCACCAAGCCGGAAGAGAGCUCCAGAAUUGUGUCCACAGGUGCACGCCGGGCGAACAGGGGCUCCGUCAAAAGGCGGCACUGCCAGCAGUGGGAGCACGUGCGAUCCGGAACAUGGAGGCACCAUGCAGGACAAGCUUGGCCUUUGUGCCGCCUUGUCCUAUGUGCUUUAUGAGUUUUUGAUAUUGCAGCACGCUGCACGUGGCUGCCUACAAGACACCCCUCGAAAGUCGCUGAGAUUGGCUCUGUCGUCUCUGGCGCAGCAUGCGCCGUUUGCAAAAGGCAGGACGGGAGAGUGGAUGGUACCCUGCAAAACGAAGGGCAAAGUGCAUGCACAGAGCUGGUGGCGGCAGUCCUCUUCUCCCGAGAAGGACUUUCGAACAGCGGCCGUGAUCUUGAUUUGUAUCUUGGAUGCAGCACUGUCAUGGAGCCCGCUUGACCUCUUCGGAUGGAUGGGAAAACCUGAGGACGUUGAAGGAUGCCUGCUUGCUCGACAGAGGGAUAGAUGCGUUUAUCCAGCCUAUGCCAGCAAGCUGCGUGCCUGUCUCAAGGCUGCUUGUUCCGCAUCCCCAAAAUCUGCGGUUCGAAUUGAGUCGCAUCUUGCGGCGAUGAAGUCGCGAGACCUUCCGAAGCCUUGGGUGACAGCUUGGGUCAGCGUACAAGGUCGCGACUCGGGGCCCAUGAUAUUCCGAAAUAAGACCAAAGUCCCUUUGCGCCUUGAGCUUCACUCAACUUCUCAAAGCCUGGCUUGGCCAAUGUCGGUUCUUCAAAGUUUCUGGUCCGGAGAGCGAUUGGUGUUAGCCGCCCAUGUCCAGCCUGGAAUCGAAAAGGCACUUCGUUUGAAGAAAGAGCUUGGGAGCGAAUUUCAGCUUCAUUUGCUCACGGCUUCGGGCGUUCGAGUGUGCUCGCAUCGGCUUUGCCGAGGCGAAACUUUCGAUUUUCAGAUUGACGUUCCGACAAAGCCGGCGCAGCUUCGUACCUACGUGAUGUCGAAAACAAAGACGACGCAGAAAGGUAUGAGUUCGGAAUCAUGUACAUCAAGGCGUCUCAGCCAAGCCAGCACAGCAUCAACAGCUUCCUCGGGCACGUCAUAUACGUCAUUUCCCAUGGCCGCUGCUGCGUGGCCACCGUCGAUUCUAGAGUCGACACCGAUGGUAGUGGAUGGUUUCACGUCGUGCAUAUGCCCACGCUGUCUCGCACGCAUGACGUACCAAUUGGCACGGCCUCGUCUACCGACUUAUGCAGGAGGUGUCAGUUGCGAUCAUUGCCAGAUGCAGCUUCUAGGCGAGGAGUCUCUAGAAGCUAAGAUGCAGACCUUGGCCAAAAGUUCAUUUUGUCAUUGCAGCCGUUGUCAAUUUGAUCUCUGCCGCCUGUGCGCCUACAAAGAGAUGCAGCAGGUCUGGUGGAAACAUCAUUGA